CUUCAGGAAAGCAUCGCAGCCGGGGUGACUGGUCUCUCCGCCGCAAUAACCUCAUCCCGCGGACACUGGACCUUUGUUGCCGGUGUAUCGGAUCUGGAGAGCCAGCAACCUAUCACAUCUACUCACUUGUUUGGCGUUGGUAGCAUCACCAAAGUAUUCACGGCCGUCGUUAUUUUCCAACUUAUAGAAGAAGGAAAGCUGCAAUUGACAGAUACUGUCAGCAAGUUUCUUGACCCCGAAAUAUACCGUGACAUUGACACUGCGGCCGAAGCCAACGUUGACCUGCUCUUGAGUCAUGAAACGGGCAUUGACAAUUGGGAAGAUGACCCAGCUUGGAUUAAAGCAGGACGUGGCAGCAAGUUGGAUCCGGCUCAUAAACGGACCAAUAUCGAGCCUCUUGAUUACAUUCGCCGCCCAAGAUUGACCGCCCCUGAGCGUGGAAACUAUUACUAUGCAAACACCAACUACGAGCUUCUCGGCUUUAUGAUUGAAAAGAUUACGCAGAACACAGCAGAGGCCGAAAUCCGUCGACGAAUCCUUGCGCCACUCGGAAUGGAAAACACAUUUCUAGAGGGGUUUGAAGAACAAAACCAGGGCACGAUGACAAAGCGCUAUCACUUUGCAACUGAGGAAUAUCGUGAGGCGGCGGGAAUCAAUGUAGCUUUUCCCGAGCUUCAGGACGGCAAGCUCAUUGACUGUACGGCAUCUAACCUUUCCGUCGAGUGGACAGCCGGCGGCAUGGUUUCUACGCCCUCUGACCUCGUCAAAUUCGCCACUGCUAUUCGAGAUGGGAAGUUGCUCAGUGCGGAAUCGCUUGCUACCAUGAAGAUGUGGCGACCAACUUCGAGCGGGACCUCCGAGAUGGGCCAUGGACUCUUCAGAAUGCGGGACUCUGAAAAAGACGGAUGGCUAGGCCACUUUGGCGGCGUGCUGGGUCUCACGGCGGCUUUGUGGUGGAAGGAGGAGGGA